GAACAUUCUUAACCAAAACCCUACCCCCCAGUCACACUUCACUCAGAGUCUCACACGCUACUCGUUCUGAACACACCCCUUCUUCACAAUAACCAUCAUGUUUCGCAUAGCAUCAUCGAGGUUAUCCUCAAGAGCUGCUUCUUCUGUUUCUUCCACCGCAUCAUUUCUUGCGUCUCUCACUGCAAAACCAUCUCCCGUUUCACUCACACCUCUCGCUGCGACAUCGUUUAGGUCAUACGGCAAUGGCUUGGAGCUCGACAAGUCCAUGGCUAAUCCUGAUGCUAUUAAUAUGAUCAAUUACGCUUUAAACCACGCUAGGACCGACAAAUCAUUUGGGUCGUACGGACUAGGUUUGCUUGUGUUGAAGCACUGCCUUACGAUUGAGUUAACUGAAGGCAAAGACCCCAAAAAUGAGAAUUCUAAAGGGAUUGCUUUGCUUGCUAUGUCCACCUUGGAAUAUGAAAGGGGAGAGUAUGAUAUUGCAUUGGAGAAGCUACACUGCCCUUGAGGCUGAGGCUGGUCUUUAUCUAGAGUUGGGGCAGGAUGAUAAGGCAUCUGCAAUUGCUGAUAAAUGUGUAGAGGUUGUCGAGAAACAGAAAACAGAUGAUGAUGAUGAGGAUUUUAAGGCUCUAAUUCUUCGUGCUAAAGCACUGAAGGGGCUGAUUGAGCUUGUCAAGGGAAGUAUCGAAUCAGCUGUCCCUUUUUUUGACAAAUCUAUCCAGCUCAGCGACGGUACUGCUGCUCUAUCAUAUGGAGAAUUCCUAUACCUUAAGCAAAACUAUUCAAUGGCGAAAGAGGUCUACACGAGUGUCCUAAAAGGAGCUUCCGACAUAAAAAAAUUUGGCAAUCCAUAUUUAGGAGCUUGUAACAUGAACUUGGAGGGUUUAAUGAUGGGGGCACUGUGUUCUCUAGGGCAGCUUGAAACAUAUCAGGGGAACUAUGGUAAUGCAGAGAAGGCUUUGACACAGGCAUUAACAUUGGCAGAGGAAACCUAUGGUGAAAAGCAUCCCAAGGUGGGUGUUGUCUUAACAAGCAUAGCCCUCAUGUAUAGGCGUAGAGCAAUGGAGGAGCGUACAAGCUCUCUGAUGGUUCAAGAGGGUCUCUACAGAAAAGUGAUAGAUAUCUUGAAGGUUACAGAAACUGAGUCUGAAGGUUCUGCACCAGUGGUAGAAAGAAGUGAUAUAGCAGCUAUUGCACGAGGUGGCUAUGCGGAAGUACUCAGUGUCCAAGAAAAUCGCAAGAGCGAAGGAGAGAAGCUAAAGAAGUUGGCUGAGACUAUAUGGAAAAACCGCAGGCUGACUCUUGAUGAGGCGCUACUAGAUCUAGAGUCUAGCAAAAUCUCAAUCAUCGAUCCAAGAAUCAGCAGGAUAUUGUAAAUUGAUCCAUCUUCUGUUUUCUAUUUUCCUGCCACAGGUUGACUAUGCCAUAUGACAAAGUUGGACUACUACUUCAUAAAAUUAGACCAUAAUGUUGCUUGUAGCUUAAAUGUGAUGCCAGGAUAUACAAUGGUAUCUAGACCUCCGUAUAUAGCAUUUUCUAGGCUAGGCAUAUAAAUAACAAGUUACUGAACUAUUGAGGCCUUUUUUUUUAUAUAUUUAAAUUAAAUAAAUUUAAUAUUUACUGAA